AAUUGUUGGCAAAACGAAAUAUAUGGUCAGAUCGUCACAUGCAACAAGUGUCAUGAAAUCGAGAAUGGAGCUCAGGGACGUUCCGAUUAAACUUAAUUCGCAUAUAGAACACGGUGCGAGCGUGACGGAUGUCCAAAUAUUGAUUUUGUACAUUGAAAAACGCCCCGGGGAUAAUCUUUAUAUAAAUCUCUCGUCGUGGGAGCCGGAGCCGCGCGAGGCAGAUGACGGAAAAUAAAAAUGUGCCUUGGACCUUGGACACGCAGACACUUUUGGCGGCAAAAAAUAGACUCGCUCAUUUAUUGUUCAUGCCGCACAAAUAUUCAAGUGCAAUCCACUGGUUACUGUUAUGAUGCAUCUAUUGCAUGAUAAUUAUCAAUUGCGAAAUUUCCACUUGGCCAAAUUAAUAUAAUUAUGUCAAAGAAAAAAAAAGAUCGGGCUUGGGCAGACAAUGGCUUUGAAGAGUGGGGUGGUUAUAUGCCUGCGAAGAAAGCCAAGCUGGAGGAACAGUUCCGUGACACAGCCAGCAAAGAAUUUAAAGAAUCAUCGAAACUGUUUGAAGGGAUUGCGAUAUUUGUUAACGGUUAUACAGAUCCAACGUCGGAUGAGCUCAGACGUCUAAUGAUGAUGCAUGGAGGAAUAUAUCAUCAUUAUAUGCGUCCUAAAAUCACGACUCACAUUAUAGCGUCUAAUCUGCCGUAUUCCAAGAUAAUGUUAUACAGAAAGAGCCAAAAUCCAAUUCCCAUUUGUAAACCGCAGUGGAUCGUCGAUAGCAUAGCAGCCGGAAAGAUACUGAAUUUCCAGAAUUAUUUACUUUAUUCUAAUAACACCAGUGUGCAACCUCAGUUGGCGUAUAAAUUAAAUAAGGAUAAAGAUAAUGCUAGCUCAGUCACGCAUAAUGAACAGGAUAUUGAGAAGCCUGAAGCUUCAGCGAGUACCGACAUAAAUAAGGGAAAUUCAUCGAAACACGAUGCCUUUAAUAAUGCAUUGAAGCAAGACGCAAGUCACUUUGGUCAAUCUUCGAAUACAAAACCAAGCGCGCGAUGUACAAAAGAUGCUGAAUUUCUGUCGACGUUUUACAGUAACUCGAGAUUGCAUUAUAUUUCUACCAUGGGAACUAUGUUUAAGGAUUACGUGAAUGAGUUGAGGGACAAAAGUGACGUAGCAUUUCCCGGCCUUGAGCGUUUAAUAAGAUUAAACAGUAUCAAGAAGGCCACAACGUCGGCUAAUUGCGAAUCAGAUUCUGAAGAUGAGACAAUUUGUUUUACAGAUAAAAUUACAAGUAAAUCAAACCACAAGCAAGAACCUGUUGUAAUGCACAUUGAUAUGGACUGCUUUUUCGUAUCCGUGGGGAUCAGAAAUAGACCGGAAUUGCAAGGCGUACCGGUAGCGGUAACGCACGCAAAAGGCAACACGUUUUCGGCGAAUCACGAUGGCAAGGAGGAGUUUGGAUCGAUGUCAGAAGUAGCUUCGUGCUCGUACGCUGCGAGAAAGGCUGGCGUGAAGAAUGGCAUGUUUCUGGGAGAGGCGUUAAAACUGUGUCCAGAUUUAAAGACAAUUCAGUACGAUUUCGAGGGUUACAAGGAAGUUUCGUACGUAUUGUACGACACUGUGGCAUCCUACACUUUAGAUAUCGAAGCAGUAAGCUGCGACGAAAUGUAUGUUGAUUGCACGAAAAUUCUUGAGGCAUCUGGACUCUCGCCGUUGGACUUUGCUACUAUAAUUAGGAACGAGAUUAAGCAGAAAACAGAUUGCCCGGUAUCGACAGGAUUCGGUAAUAAUAAGUUGCAGGCGAGAUUGGCAACGCGAAAAGCUAAACCCGAUAAUCAAUUCUAUCUCAGCGCUCAAAAUGCAGAGACAUAUAUUCAAACUUUUAAUAUAAGAGAUUUACCAGGAGUUGGCGGAACAACAACAUACAAGUUACAUAAAAUGAAUGUGCAUACAUGCGAAGAUUUGCAGAAGAUAUCGUUGGGGGUUUUACAAAAAGAAUUCGGCAAAAAGACGGGAGAACAGUUGUACAAGAUGUGCCGUGGGUUAGACGACACAAAGCUGAAUCUGGAAUAUGUUAGAAAAUCUGUAUCGGCUGAAGUUAAUUAUGGCAUAAGAUUCCAGAAUAAUGGCGAUGCUGUCGAUUUUUUGAGCGAAUUAUCUGUAGAGGUGUGCAAUCGAUUGACAGCGGCUCGUGCAAAGGGUAGAUGCAUCACGCUGAAAUUAAUGGUCAGAGCUGAGGAGGCACCGAAGGAAACCCUGAAGUUCAUGGGUCACGGUCUUUGCAAUUAUAUAACGAAAUCGAAAAAUCUUAUAGCGGCUGUUGACGACAUCAAUAUCAUUAGAAAGGAAGUUAUAAAUAUUUGGAAUCAGCUGCAUUUAAUACCUGAAGAUAUGAGAGGAAUAGGAAUACAAAUAUCCAGGCUAGAAAUAUGCAGGGCUAAGCAAGCUAAAAGCAGCUUGAUCAAUUUCUUUAAUAAAACGAAAAAAUUACAACAAACGUGUGAGGAAUUGUUGGGAGAUGACAAAGAAGAUCAUGGCGUCUCGAAUUUUAAUAAGAAAUCUAAACCGGAUUGUUCUGAAGUGCCUUUAACUACAGAAUCAGUAGCAACGAGAAAAAUUUGUGAUACAGAAAUGAGUAAUUUGCCGCCGAAAACGGUCAAAGCCUCUGAAUCGACCGGUGUAACAAUUCCAGUCGAUGUUCAAGUCGAAUCGUCGACAUUUGCAGCUGAAUCAAAAAAUAAAAAGUUACACAAUCCUAAGGUAAAUGAAAAUAUUAUAAAAGGAAAGGAUUUACUUGGAAAAUCCAAUAAGAAAACAAUCCAGAGGCAAACGUCUCAAGAGAAUUUCUUUAGACAAGUGAAACCAAAUAGCGGAAGGUCAUCAAAAUAUGAGAUACCGCGAAUACAGGAUAUCGAUAUGUCCGUAUUAAUCGAAUUACCUGCAGAUAUGAGAAACGAGAUAAUUGACGAAUACAAAAAAAACAAACAAUCUCAAGCUGCAGCAAAUACCACCAGUACGGUUGAUCCGGUAAAUCAAGUUGAGCGUGACGAGGAAAGUUCAAAUGUACAUAAUUGUUCGCAAGUUGAUCCGAUCGUUUUAUCAGCUUUAAUGAAAAGCGAUUUGCAUCCCGAUGUACAACGCGAUGUGCAGAUAUAUUGUGAUAUGAAAAGAGAAGCGAAUAGAGUGAAUUUCAAAGAAACAAGUGAAAAGAGCGAUAGUGAGAGAUUACAAGAAGCGGGUGCUUCUUCAAAGAUCGGUGAUAAUAAAGAGAACGCAAUAGUUAUUGUAAAUAGCACUUGUAUAAAUGAAGCCGAAUCACAAGAGAACGCAAUGCAUGGGGGAGACCAAUUGUAUGAAAAGGACAAUACUGUCGGAGCUAAAUCAACCUCGUGUCAAGUCAAUCAUGUUGAGAUUUCACACAAUAAUGUUACGGUGGAUAAAGCCGAUACCUUUAUUUUACAGAAUUUAAGUAUUUUACAUAACAAUGAGAACGUAGAUAAACAUCAGGAAAUGUUAAUUAAUCUUGUGAAUCAUCUCUUCACCCUUCCAUUACAACAGGUAAAACUGCAAAUACAAACAUGGGUUACUAAAUCUAAUGUUGUGAAUGAAGUAGACUUUUUGUCACUAGCGACGUUUCUUAGCAUGCUUCCAGAAAAGAAACGCAUCGAAGAUUUACAUAUCUUGUUGAAAACCAUGUAUAGAUGUACAAUGAAAACUGGGAACUGCAUUUGGCAUAGAACAUAUAGAAGAACCGUGAAACAUGUUCAACGUUACAUGCAGAUCGAGUACAACAACAAUCUAAUGGUACCGCUGAUCAGAUGUAAUGAUCCGAGAUGUAAUAACGAUAAUUGAAUUCUCGUAAAUUUAAUAAAUUAAAUUUCUACUAAUGAGUGUGUAAUAUAAGAAAUCUAUUUA